GUCAAAAAAGUGUGUGUGCGUUAGAGAAGUGGUCUCCGUGUUGGCAAGGGAAGAGGCACCGUUUCUUUCUGUUUGAGUCACCUCCCUCGGUUUGGUCUUUUUAACUACAGCGAAGUAGCCUAAAGCUGCUUUUCUGGGUGUUUUUUGUGGUAUUGACGGUUUGACAAACUUUGCAGAGGAGCGAGCCAGGGCUGAGGAGGAGUGGGUCAGGAUGGCGCAGUGGAACCAGUUACAACAGCUGGAGACCAGGUAUCUGGAGCAGCUCUACCACCUGUACAGCGACAGCUUCCCAAUGGAGCUGCGACAGUUCCUCGCACCCUGGAUUGAGAGCCAAGACUGGGCUUAUGCUGCCAAUAAGGAGUCCCAUGCCACACUGGUGUUCCACAACCUCUUGGGGGAGAUAGACCAGCAGUACAGCCGGUUUUUGCAGGAGAAUAAUGUACUCUACCAGCACAACCUGCGCAGAAUCAAGCAGCAUCUGCAGAGCAAGUAUUUGGAGAAGCCCAUGGAUAUCGCCCGCAUUGUGGCCCGCUGUCUCUGGGAGGAGCAGAGGCUGCUGCAGACCGCCACUACUGCUGCUCAGGAUGGCCAAGCAGCCCAUCCCACCGGGACGGUAGUGACAGAGAAGCAGCAGAUCCUGGAGCACAAUCUGCAAGACAUCAGGAAGAGGGUGCAGGAUAUGGAACAGAAGAUGAAAAUGCUUGAGAACCUACAGGAUGACUUUGAUUUUAAUUACAAGACGCUGAAAAGUCAAGGAGAGUUGUCCCAGGACUUGAAUGGGAAUAGCCAGGCAACUGCUACCAGACAGAAGAUGGCUCAACUGGAACAGAUGCUGAGUGCCCUGGACCAGCUCAGAAGGCAAAUUGUUACAGAGAUGGGAGGCCUGCUGACUGCCAUGGACUUUGUUCAGAAGAAUCUGACAGACGAGGAGCUGGCUGACUGGAAGCGAAGGCAGCAGAUUGCCUGCAUUGGAGGACCACCCAACAUCUGCUUGGACCGCCUGGAGACAUGGAUCACAUCCUUGGCUGAGUCCCAGCUUCAGAUUCGUCAGCAGAUCAAGAAGCUGGAGGAGCUGCAGCAGAAAGUGUCCUACAAAGGAGACCCGAUCAUCCAGCACCGGCCCGCCCUGGAGGAGAAAAUUGUGGACUUAUUCAGAAACCUCAUGAAGAGUGCUUUUGUGGUUGAAAGACAACCUUGUAUGCCCAUGCAUCCAGACAGACCACUGGUCAUCAAAACAGGAGUACAGUUCACAAACAAAGUCAGGUUACUGGUCAAGUUUCCUGAACUCAAUUAUCAGCUGAAGAUCAAAGUUUGUAUUGACAAGGAAUCUGGAGAUGUGGCUGCUAUUCGAGGGUCUCGAAAGUUCAACAUCCUGGGCACCAACACAAAAGUUAUGAAUAUGGAAGAAUCAAACAAUGGCAGCCUGUCAGCGGAGUUUAAACACUUGACCCUGAGAGAGCAGAGAUGUGGAAAUGGCGGCCGGACCAACAGUGAUGCCUCUUUGAUCGUCACAGAGGAGCUGCACCUUAUCACCUUUGAGACAGAGGUCUAUCACCAAGGCCUGAAGAUCGAUCUGGAGACUCACUCCCUGCCAGUGGUUGUCAUUUCUAACAUCUGCCAGAUGCCCAAUGCCUGGGCCUCCAUCCUGUGGUACAACAUGCUCACCAACCACCCCAAGAAUGUGAACUUCUUCACCAAGCCUCCAGUGGGGACUUGGGAUCAAGUGGCUGAGGUGCUAAGCUGGCAGUUCUCCUCCACCACCAAGAGAGGCCUGACCAUUGAGCAGCUUACCACGCUAGCUGAGAAAUUACUAGGGCCAUGUGUCAACUACUCUGGCUGUCAGAUCACCUGGGCCAAGUUCUGUAAGGAAAACAUGGCUGGCAAGGGUUUCUCUUUCUGGGUGUGGCUGGACAACAUUAUUGACCUGGUGAAAAAGUAUAUCCUGGCACUGUGGAAUGAAGGGUACAUCAUGGGUUUCAUCAGUAAGGAGAGGGAGAGGGCCAUCCUGAGUCCAAAGCCUCCAGGCACCUUUCUGCUGCGCUUCAGUGAGAGCAGCAAGGAGGGGGGUAUUACUUUCACUUGGGUGGAGAAGGACAUCAACGGAAAGACCCAGAUCCAAUCUGUGGAGCCUUACACUAAACAGCAGCUCAACAGCAUGUCCUUUGCUGAGAUCAUCAUGGGCUACAAGAUUAUGGAUGCCACCAACAUCCUGGUGUCACCACUCGUCUACCUCUUCCCUGAAAUCCCGAAGGAGGAAGCCUUUGGGAAGUACUGCAGGCCGGAAGCCGCCCCGGAGCCUGAGAUAGGAGGAGACCCCAUGAGCACUAUUCAGCCCUACUUGAAGACCAAGUUCAUCUGUGUUACCCCGUGCCCCUCCGUGUUCAUGGACUUUCCGGACUGUGAGCUGCUUGGGAACACAUUCCCAGGCACAAACUCUGGAAACACCAGUGAUCUGUUCCCCAUGUCGCCUCGCACACUGGACUCCCUGAUGCACAAUGAGGCUGAAGCCAAUCCUGGACAUAUGGAUUCACUCACUUUGGACAUGGAGUUGAGCUCUGAUGUGGCAUCGCCUAUGUGAACAGACUUUUAUUGUAUUUUAUUUUAUUUGCAUGCUCCUUUUUUCCCCUAAAUAUCUCCCAUGGGACUCUAUUCUGUGUUGUGACAGAGAUUGUAUUGGACGUUUCACUCUGCCUCUGCACACUGUCUGUACAGUUAGUCGUCUUGGUCCUGUGUAUGUGUUAGCAGUUUAUUUCUCACAAUACUGAAUUAAAGAAUUUUAAUCUUUUUUUUUUUUUUUUUUUUUUUUAAAUACAUUGCCACUUAUUUUAAAGUUUGACAGUCUACCAGAAGCUUAUUGUGUGUGUAAACUGUUGAUUGAUACUGACAUGCUGUAUUUUGAGCAGCAUCCCACGUGUAUGCAGUACUUCACCACCCAUGUGGAUGUUUUUUCUUUUUUUAAAUGAAAAAAGGACCUUGAAAUAUAAAAAAUUUAUUUUUUGAGACUGUUUGUGUUUUCCUGCCACAUAUUCAAAUGUAGAUUUGAAUUCAUGUAUUAACUUUUCUGUGCUUUUCUUUGUGAAAGAAAAUGUAAAGAGAAUUGUGUAUAAGCUAAUUUUGACUGCUAUCUUUUUUUCUUUCUUCCAUUUAUAAACAUUUAUAGGCUUUUUCAGUGUAUUUUGUCUUUUUCCAUCAUUGUUUUAAUCCCUGCCAAAAGUGAUACCGUCGGUAAUCCACAAUGCCCUGGCUUGCUGUUUGAAUAAUGUGUUUCUUUAUAGUCAUCAUCACAAAAUACUGGACAUUGAAGCUGAUCCAGAGCCACAUGAUGUGAGAAACCUGAAUCGAUAAGAUUAGACUGAAUUGACAAGGAAUUUCAGUCAACCUUAAAGAUUUUUUUUUCUUAUGUGUGUCAGUGUCGUGUCGUGAAUUAACGUGACAUUUUCUCCUAUAUCCAUAUUAUAGCCCCAUUACAGCAAAUCUGGUAAUGUGGUGCUAAGCAAACAGUUGUUUUUGUUUGAGGUUGUCAUCCCCUUCCUCAUGAAAGACGGUGUGAUAAUGUGAAUUGCACUUGCCAUUGAAAUUUGCAAUUGAAUGUUUUUGUAGUGUCUGAAUUGACCCGAUCUGUUAUGUAAUACAAAUUAUUCGCUUCAUGAAUGAUGUAUUUUUGGCUAAACCUCUGUGUUAUUUAAACUAAAUAAGCAUAGGUGUUGAACAGUGAUGGUUCACUCUGACAAAAUAAGAGUGCGUGCAGCAAUACGUUUUGGAUUGGACGUUAGUUUUUAGCUCGACUUGAAUUUGAUCACAUCGCACCGUGCAGGCCACACAUCAGCACGAAUCUUCAUGAAAUGCUAUUCUGCAACUUCACUGUGUGUCAUGAUAUCUGUAAUAUAUGCUGUAACUAUUCAUGAUUUGAAAUAAGGUAAUAAACGAGUUAGCACUAAAAUCAGUCGAA